AUGCCCCUCUGGCCGCCGGCGUGGUGGGAGCAGACGUGCUUCGAGCCCGUGGCUGACUUCCUUGAGAGCGACAAGUUCAGGUCGAUCCGGUCCGAGAUUCUCCGCGACCUGACGCCCACCGACAGGAUCCUAGAAGUGGGCAUGGGCUCGGGCCUGAACGUGCCGCACUACCCCGCGGGCGUGACGUCGAUCGCCACCGUGACGAUGGACGCCGCGCCCUCGCGCCACGCCGCGGCCAAGGCGGCCAGGCGCGGCAUGACCCUGGACCACACGCAAGGGGAUGGCCAAUCGCUGCCCUUCCCCGACGGGACUUUCGACGUGGUGGUGUCCACGCUGAUCCUCUGCACCGUGGCGGACCCGCCGGGCUUUCUGAAGGAGGUCGCGCGCGUGCUGCGGCCGGGCGGCACGUUUGCGAGCUUCGAGCACUGCUACGUGCCGGCGGCGGAGGGCGGGUCGUCCCUCGGUCGCGCGUUGGCGCACCUCACGAACCCCUUGAACGGGUUCCUCGCCUGCGGCUGCGACAAUACAAGGCCCUUCCCGGGGCAGGCCAUGCGCGAGGCAGGCCUGGAGGCGGUGUGGCGGAAGGAUGUGGCCUUCCCGAUGGGCAAGCUGGUGUACGGGGUCAUGAGGGCGGUGUAA